AGUAGGCUCAGUAUAAAAAUGUGCACGUACAGUAGGCAGACAGACAAGUUACAAGGCCUUGGGUUACUGGAGUUUAUGUAGCUGAGGUUUGUGCUUCUUCUGUUGGACAGCCAUGGUUUCUGGGACUUCUUUUUGGUGGUUGGGCCUGUAUCUCUCUCUGGCUGCUCCAUACAGCUCAUCGGUGACUUACCCUGAUUAUGUGCACGAUUAUGUGCACAGCCUGCGACUGCCUGAAGACACCCCACCUGAGGGACACUACAAAGGCCCUUGGCGAAUGGGAUUCACCUCAGUAGCUGUCAGACCCAACAGUUUGGUCUAUAGCAAGAAAUACACAAAAUCUGCUGCUGUGAACAUAAAACCUUCCUCAGCAGGCCAGCCAAGUGGCAGAAACAUCCCUAACCAAGGCUCUCCAUCCUCCUGGGGGCCAGUGCAUUCUUCCAGAAAUUAUGGUCCUUCCUCACUCACAGCUGUAGAUGGGUCCACAAGUACCGCAAACCACAGGCCAGUUACAAGUCAGUCUUCAGGCAAUACAGGCUAUAGGCCAGGUGCAGGUCAGUCUAAGGGCAGUGGCAGCUACAGGCCUACCACUCAGCCACCAAAGCCUGAGGUUUACUCUCAGUACAGGCCCUAUCCGGCUAAACUGACUCCUGGCAAAGAUGAGCAUGUCAAACAGGUGCUGGUUAGGCCAAAUCCCCCUGCUUGGUCUACUAAGCACUCCUCUGCAGCUGUAGGGCAGUCAAGUGGCGUACACUACAAGCCAGUUACAAGUCCAUCUAGGGGCAGUAUGGGCUACAGGCCUGUUAAUCAACAGCUAAAACCCUCAACAAGCUCUGGUCAGUACAGACCCUAUGAAGCCAAACCUAUGGACAUCAAGCAGGUGCUGGUUAGACCCAAUUCACCUGUAGGUGGGUCAACAAGUAGUGUACACAAGCCAGUUACAAGUCCAUCUAGAGGCAGUGUGGGCUACAGGCCUGCUAAUCAACAGCUACAAUCCUCAACAAGCUCAAUACAAGCUCAGUAUAGACCAUAUUCAGCUAAACCUGACCAAGCCAAAUGGGUGCCAGUUAGGCCCCAGUCAUCUGCCUCAUCUGCUAUGACUCCCUCCGGCAGCUUUGGGUCUGCUCAGGCCCAAUGGGCCCAGCCUGAAGCCGCCUCCUCGACCUACGGACAAACAGGCCAACCAACCUGGCAGAGCCAAGCAGCAUCCAUGAGUUACAGUUCUCAAAACUCCGUCUCUCAAAGCCAUGGAGCAUCGCAUAGCUCUGGACAUGCUGGCAGCCAUGGAGGUUAUGAGCCUGAGAAUCCUCACACUGUUGGCGCUUCUCAGCAGGGAGAGGACUCCAUCUUAACGGUCAUCCCCAGUCAUCUAGGCAGUGGUGUCAUCGAGACGAUAUCGCCGGCUGAGAGGAAGAGAAUGCGGCCUGCCACUCCAAAUAAGGGACAGGGGUUUCUCACCUAUAUGAAGAGAAUUUAACUGUAGCAUCAGGAUAGUCUGAUGGGGACCUAUGUGCUGAACAUGACCAUGGUUUUGCUAUGACUCCAUGAAGUGCCUCAUGCCUUUCUGAAUAAAAUAUAUUGGUUUAUAAA